AUGGCGUCCCUCCGUAUGGUGUUGGUGUCAGUGUUGGUGGCAAUGGCGGUGAGCGCGGGCGGCGUCGCGGCCCGGCCUCUGGUCGGGGAUGGCGGCGCGUGGGAGGACAGGGCGCCGCUGCAGACGUCGCGCCCCUUCAACAUCGCGCACCGGGGCUCCAACGGGGAGCUCCCCGAGGAGACGGCGGCGGCGUACGUGCGCGCCAUCGACGAGGGCGCCGACUUCAUCGAGGCGGACAUCGAGGCCACCAAGGACGGACACCUCGUCUGCUUCCACGACACCACUCUUGACGACACCACCGAUGUCGCCGACCACCCGGAGUUCGCCGGCCGCCGGCGCACCCUCGAGGUGCAGUGGGCCAACGUCACCGGAUACUUCAUCACUGAUUUCACCCUGACGGAGCUCAAGACGCUGAGGGCGAAGCAGCGAUGGGACUUCCGUGACAACUCCCACAACGGCGUCUCGCCGAUCAUCACGUUCGACGAGUUCAUCGACAUCGCGCUGAACGCCAAGAGGGUGGUCGGGAUCUACCCGGAGAUGAAGAACCCCGUGUUCAUGAACAAGCACGUGCGGUGGGCGGACGGGAAGAAAUUCGAGGACAAAUUCGUCGCGACGCUCAAGAAGUACGGGUACGGCGGCAAGUACAUGUCGCCGGCGUGGUGCGCCAAGCCGGUCUUCCUCCAGUCCUUCGCGCCGACGUCGCUGGUCCACGCGGCCGGCCUCACGGACUCGCCACUCGUCUUCCUCAUCGACGACGUGACCGUGCGCACCGAGGACACCAACCAGCCGUACGACGAGAUCACCUCCGGCGAGUACCUGGACUACAUGAAGAAGUACGUGGUGGGCAUCGGGCCGUGGAAGGACACGGUGGUGCCGCCGACCAAGGGCAACCUGCUGGGCACGCCGUCGGACCUCGUCGCCAUAGCGCACGCACGGGGGCUGCAGGUGCACCCCUACACGUACCGCAACGAGAACGAGUUCCUGCACUUCAACUUCCGGCAGGACCCAUACGCCGAGUACGACUACUGGAUCAACGACGUCGGCGUCGAUGGCCUCUUCACCGACUUCCCGGCGAGCCUCCGCCGGUUCCAGGAGUGGACCACCAAGAAGAAAGACUGA